AACUCGUGAAGUUGAUUAAUCGAACGAAGUAAACAUAAGAACAUUUAAUUUGACUCGGCUGGCUAGGGGCACAUCUCGAUAUUUUGACGGUUCAGGUCAAACUUAGAGAUAAAUUCUUGGUACACCUUAGUUAGUAAAGAAUAUCCGACUCGAUUCAUUAUUCUCGAGUCAUUAAAGUAUCGAGUUGGGUCGAGCACUGUCUUGGCUGUAUAUUAAUGAUUCUCGUUUUGUUUGCGUUGCGCGCGCCUCCAGCGGCCUCAGUUGGAACUAGUUAUCAAUAUCAGCUGUUAGACCACCUACGCCUCCGCAACACGGCCUGUAUGCGCAAUAUGCGCUUAUCUCUUUUCCGCUUGCGGCAGAGACAUCGAUCGUUCGCGCCGCGCUCUCUCCUGCCAGUGUGAUCGCCUUCGCGGGCAGUUCGUGUGACGGCGUGUCAGGCAGUGCGCCUGUGCUGCGCGUUAUCGAUCCGCCAUCGGCGCCGCAUUGCCGUACAUUCCGGAGGCGGUGCCUCGCCUAGUUUUCGUCGAUCGUCGUGGUCUUUGACGUGGCGGGCGCGUGUCGGCGUCGGCGGCUGCCCGGGCGGCCCUGCGCAGUAGCGCGGCGAGGAGCGCGGGAGCGAGCGACCUUCCGCCAAAACCGGCUCGCGGUCCGCGGCGGAGGCACGGCUGUGAUGUAGCCGCGGCCCGCGCUAGCGGCCUUCGGACAAAGGAUCCGCGCCACUAGAGGCACUUUUCGCGAUGAAGAAGUUCACGUUCAAGGGCGUGCUGGACGGGUUCCGCAGCAGCGUGCAGGCGGCGCCGCGCGGGACCGAGCAGGAGAUCCAGGAGACUCUGCGGGCGGACCACUUCCAGAUCAAAAAGACAUUUCGGCACGGGUUCCCGUUCUCGCCAACCGCGCUAGCAUGGGACCCCAUACAGAAGCUGCUGGCCAUCGGCGACAAGGGCGGCAACCUCAGAAUUCUAGGCGGCCCUGGCGUCGACGCGCAUGCGCGGCACGAGGCGGGGGAGGCCGUCGUCCGCGCACAGUUCCUCGUCAACGAGGGGGCGUUAGUCACAGCCACUGCUGACGACCAGCUGCACCUGUGGACCUUCAGACAGAAGAGCCCGCAGCGGGUACAGAGCCUCAAGUUUCAGAGAGAGAGAAUAACAUGCCUGCACCUGCCGCUGCAGUCAAAAUGGGUGCACGUGGGCACCGAGCGCGGCAACGUGCAUGUGGUCAACAUUGAGACGUUUGCGCUCAGCGGCUACGUCAUCAACUGGAACAAGGCGAUCGAGUUCACGAGAACGAAUCACCCGGGAGCCGUAGUGGAAAUUAGUGACAACCCUUUAGAUGCCAAUAAGUUGCUAGUGGCCUUCGAAACUGGACUAGUAGUGGUCUGGGACCUCCGAGCCAAGGCGGCAGAAUGGCGCGGCUCACUCGGAACCCCUGGUGAAGGAAUCCGCGCGGCGUCUUGGCAACACGAUGGGAAGCUGAUGACUGCUCAUGUGGAUGGGGCGUUAGCGGUGUGGAGCACGCGACAGCCUAGGCCCACAUCACUGUCCUAUCCUCAUGCGAAAGCGAACAAAGAUGGAAAACUAGAACCUUGUAAACCUAUACACAGACUGGAAUGGAAAACGUCAAAAACAGGGGAAAGUUUAGUAAUAUUCUCCGGCGGAUUACCAACAGACAAGGCAGGCCGCACGCACAGCAUCACAGUCCUAAACGGAAAGAGCACAACGGUCUUAGAAAUGGAGCACAGUGUGGUCGAUUUCGUCACGCUCUGUGAAAGUCCUCAUACGGCUGAUUACCAAGAGCCGUACGCGAUCGUGGUGCUACUCCAGAACGACCUGGUAGUAAUAGACCUGCAGACGCCAGGAUACCCCUGCUUCGAGAACCCUUAUCCCAUGGACAUACACGAAUCCCCCGUCACGUGCUGUUCGUACUUCGCUGACUGCCCUUCAGACUUGAUCCCCGCGUUCUACUCGGUGGGUCGGCAAGGCAACAAGAAGGCGACGGGGUUCAGCGAGAAAGAGUGGCCAAUCAACGGGGGCGAGUGGGCGCCGGCGUCCUGCUCUUACAGCGAGAUUAUACUUACAGGGCAUCAAGACGGUAGCAUAAAAUUUUGGGAUGCAAGUGCAGGAACUUUACAAAUUUUGUACAAAUUAAAGUGUUCUAAAGUGUUCGAGCGGCGCGGCUCGGUGUCGGGCGGGUACGGCGGCGGCAGCGACGACUCGCCGCUCGCCAUCCAGCAGGCGGCGCUGUGCGCGGAGUCGCGGCGUCUGUGCGCGGCGCUGCCGCACGGACACGUCGUGCUCUUCAAGUUCCGCAAACAGGACACGCACGCCGAGACACACGUAUUAGAAAUCCCAAUGAUAACGGAUUCAUUAGAAGAGGAAACGUCACCAGAGCCUGACGGCAGCCGCUCGGCGUCUUUCAGUCGUGGCGGAGACAGUAUAGAAGGAGAAAGUAGGAGAAGUGGCGUGUGGGCGGGCGGCGGCGGCGGACUCAUAUCGCUGCGCGUGCGCGGCGCCGCGGGCACGGGCGGCGCGCGCCGCCCUGCAGGCUUCCAGGCCGCGCUGGUCGCGCUGCAGCAGGGCGCGCCCAGCCCCAUCACCGCUCUCACCAUCAACUCCUCCUAUGGCUUGAUGGCGUGGGGCGGCGAGCGCGGCGUGGUGGUGGUGGACGUGUCGCGGCGCGUGGUGGUGGCGGCGCUCGCCGCGCACGCGCUGUACGGCCCGCUCGACCCCUGGGGCCGCCACGCGCACGCGCACCCGGCCGAGCGCGCGCGCGAGCCCAGCCUGGACCAGCUCUCGGACGCGCACGCGCAGGCGCAGGCGCAGGCGCAGCAGGCGCAGACGCAGCAGGCGCAGACGCAGCAGGCGCGCUCGCCGCCGGCCGCCGCCACCGCGCCGGCCGCGCCCAGCCCCGCCGAGCCCGACGACGACGAGCGCCCCCGCCGCAAGUCCACGCCCUGGAAGACCUUCAACCUCAAGCGCCAGAUCUCCAAGGUCGACCUCAAGCUGAAGGCGGCCUUCGCGGUGCCCUCCGAGCCGAACUUGGAAGAGAAGACGGAGGAGCCGGCGGCCGCCGCGCAGGCGAGCGACGCGCCCGUGGAGAGGGCCGAGAUCGCGAUAGAGUCGCUGGAGGAGUCGUCCGCGAGCGAGUCGCCGCGCUCGGACGAGGAGGGCGGCGGCGACAUGUUCGAGCGCAUGCACCGCGAGCUGCAGGAGCGAGCGCAGCCGGACGUGUACGACCGCAUGCACUCGGAGCCGCAGGAGCGCUGGCAGGAGCGCGACGAGGCCGCGCGGCCGGACUCGCUGGCGCUGGAGCCGCCGGUGCGGCCGCCGCGAGCGCGCGAGCGGGACCAGCGGCUGCUGUCGGUGCCCAACAUCAAGUACGGCAAGAAGACGGAGGUGAAGGACCUGCGCCGGGCGGGCGCGGCCAGCGCGAGCGCGGCGCCCCCGACGGGCAUCGGGAACCUGAUGCGGCGCUUCAGGGAGUGUGUAGCGCGGCUGUGCCGCGCGGGACAGCAGCAGCAGCGGGCGCCUGCGGGAGGUACGAUUACAACACGGUCACAGUACUAACGGCACUACUAACGAGGCACAGAGAUCACUAGCUCGUGCAGGUGU